UACGAGGAUGAACUUGGGAACUAGGUAUAGCUUUAUAUCCUCGAACUGUAUCACUAGUCAAGACAUAGUAUCUAGUCACCAGCUAUCCGAUUACACCAAUAUCACACCCUAAAAUCUUGAAUAUACCAAUAUCCCCUUUCUCCUUACUCAAUGGCUUCCUCAACUAUGCACGCGGUUGGCGUAACAGAGUACGGCCCCGUUGAGAACUUACACUCAAGAGAAGUCCCCAAGCCAUCGAAGCCAACUGGCCGUCAAAUGAUCGUUCAGGUGAAAGCCAUCUCCGUCAACCCUAUCGACAAGAAGGUCCGCGCUGGCACUUACGACGAUGCCCCUGACUAUUACGAGCGAGUCAAGCCACUAACACAAGACUCACCUCACUUCCAUAUCCCUGGCUACGACGGUGCCGGGAUCGUCCUUGAGACGGGCCCAGAUGUAAAGUACUUCAAGCCCGGCGAGGAGGUCUACUACCUCGGAAACCCUGUCUUCCAAGGCUCCUAUGCCGAGCAGCUGAUCGUGGAUGAGCGACACGCCGGUCACAAGCCAAAGUCUCUCGAUUUUGUCCAGGCCGCAGCAAUGCCAUUAACUUUCGCCACUGCAUACGAGUCGCUCAUUGACCGACUAGAGAUCAAGGUGGGCGAGAAAGCCGGAAUCCUCAUCAUCAACGGCGGCGGCGGCAUGGGAUCGAUCACAUCCCAAGUCGCGCGGCACAUCUUGAAACUGCCUAUCGUCAUCACCACGGCCUCGCGACCUGAGACCAUCGAGUUCUCCAAGAAGAUGGGCGCCACGCACGUGGUCAACCACCGCGGAGAUAUCGUGCAGCAGAUCAAGGACCUAAACCUUCCCGCCGACAUCCCCCUAAAGUACGCGUACAUCACGGCCCGCACGGAGCAGUACCUGUUCCCGAUCGCGGACAUCCUGGCGCCCUUCGGCAAGGUGGGCAGCAUCGUGCAGGCCAACUUCGACAUGUACGGAUCGCAGAUGAUGAGUAAGUCGCUGACUUUUGUCUGGUGCUGGGUUGGGACUGGGCCGUACCAUUAUUACUACAAUGACAAGCAGGAGAAGCACCAUGAUUGGUAUGAGGAGCUAGCUACGCUGCUAGAUCAGGGCGUGAUCAAGUGCCAUUUGAAUGAGCGCUUGAGGGCCACGGCUGAGGGCAUCAGGCAGGCGCACAGGAGGCUUGAGGCCGGGAAUGCUGUAGGAAAGAUUGGACUGGGUAUUGAUGAACCUGGGAAGGGAAAGGCGUUUCAGUAGAUGCUUUGUAAAGGAGAGUGAGUUUAUAUGUGGAUGGAGUUGACAUUUUGAUAAUCAGUUAGUAUUUGUGAGCAUUUAAGUGGUUGAGGAUAGAUAAAUGCCAUGACUUAUGUUUUCGUAUAACAUUUCCUUCUCUCUACUUAGACACUCAAAUGUGUUCUAUGUUCUAGGUUAAUAAGGUGCAACUGGAGUUUGAUGAAGAACAGUCUAAAAAGUCAACUUAGAUAUGCCUC